AUGGUGGACAGUCACAUACGGGCUCUGUCAUCUAUAGAAAAGGCGAGCAAAGACUCCGCUAAGGCAAUCAAGCACGUACUUAAUGCUACAUUGCAGCACAUCGGUGCGCUACGCGCGCUUGGUCGACCAACCGAGUUCUGGGAUGACUGGCUCAUCCACCUAACUGUAUCCAAAUUAGCAUACGAAACCCGCAAACAAUGGGAAUUGUCGCUUGUGGCUGACGAGUUACCGUCGUUUAACGCUCUUCGUGAAUUUCUAGAAACUCGUGCACGCUCUUUGGAGAUGCUACCGCUUGCGCCUGCCAACACGAAGGUAGUUGCGAAGAAUGUUCUACACACAACAUGUAGCCAAGGAGAAGCAUGCGACGUCGGCAAGGCGUCUGCUUGCGCUUAUUGCAGUGGCGACCACAAAAUAUACGUUUGCUCAAAGUUUAGCCGACUCGACGCAAAUAGUAAACUUUCUGCCAUCAAAUCUCAAGGUGCUUGCCUAAACUGCCUUAGCAAAGGGCACUUUCUUGCGAAAUGUCGCAGUUCAUCAUUGUGCCGCAUGUGUCGGCAACGCCAUCACACGCUGUUGCACGCAAGUUUCAACAACCAACAGGAAUCAACCGCUACGAACGCAACAAGCCAGCACGUUAGUGUCACGUCACAUUACGCUGAUGCUGAUCGUGUCACUUUGUUGGCAACCGCCGCAGUCUUAGUACAAGACGACGCUGGUCGUUGGCAACCAGCUCGCGCCCUCCUCGAUAACGGCUCGCACGCCUCAUUCAUAACUGAGGCCUGCGCUCAACGACUUCGACUUCCCAGACGAUCUUCAUCCGCUUACGUCACAGGUAUAGGGGCUACCCAAGGUGGCCGUACAAAGGGAGAAGUAACCCUACGCAUAUCACCGCGAUCAUUAGACGCAAACUUCCAAGUGAGUACAUUCGUGUUACCCAAAAUUACUAAUGAUCUUCCAUCCACCGCUGUACCGACAUCCACCGUGCCACACAUUCUGGAUUUAUCGCUGGCUGACCCAAGUUUCGCCAAACCUGGUCCAGUUGAUAUCCUUAUAGGCAUGGACGAAAUGGACAAAAUCCUACUAAAUGGGUUAAGAAAGGGCCAACAUGGCACUCCAAUGGCGCAAAACACUGUGUUCGGUUGGGUAUUGCUCGGGAACGCGGCCAAUUUACUAAGCAGCCCACAUCCAUAA